CCCAUCGCUCCGGAGUGCAUCUAUGGGAUGGAUGAGACGGGGUUACAGCUGGGUCUUGGAGUGUCGGAACGGGUGCUGGGACCAAAGGGACGAAAGGUGCAGUACCAGCAACAGAGCGGAGAUCGAGAGAACAUCACGGUGCUAGUCACGAUAUGUGCCGAUGGGACGUCUCUUGCACCUGCCGUAAUCUACAAGGCGGAAGCAUACCACUCGCGCUGGAAGCAGGAUAAUCCUCUCGAAGCCUCGCUGGGCUACUCGAAAAAAGGCUACUCUAAUGGUGAGAUUGGUCUCGAGUGGAUCAAGCACUUUGAUGCGCAGACGAAGGAGAAGGCGAGGGGCCGACGCCGUCUCCUGCUCGUCGAUGGUCAUGCUUCGCACUACACCUUUGCUCUCCUGGACUAUGCGCGCACACACAACAUCCACAUCCUCUGUUACCCAUCGCACAGCACUCACGUCUUUCAGGGACUUGAUGUUGUCAUCUUCAGUCCCUUAAAGCGUCAGUGGACCAUCGCACGUAAGGAGUUCGAGUCCCGUGGAGUAAAGGUCAACAAGACGAACUUCCUGAAAGUCUACGCUCAAGCCCAUAUCAAGGCGGUCACUCCUGACAACAUACGCGCUGCAUUUCGCAAGACAGGAGUUGUGCCGUACGACCCUACAGUCAUCAAGCAGGACUUCAUGGCGCCCAGCCUUGAGUCCUCUUCUCGAGGGAGUCUUCCGCUU